AUGCAGUGCAUAGGGGAUAUCAGCGAAGAAGUCUGGCAAGACUGCAUCACCCUCUUCCUACAGACUGGGAUGUGCUGUGAUGCAGCGAUUAUCACCAAUUCUCCAUCCUGGUUGUUAGCUUCUUACCCAGAAGGCAACUUGUUCCAGUUGACCCAGGAAGAAAUUCAGAUCUUGCUGGCAAGAGAGGGGAGAGAGAAAUUGUUUCUUCCCGGGAUCACUCUUGCAGGGACAAAAUGCUUAUUGAUUCGGGACAAUCUUUAUACUGAGGGAAACAACACCAUGGACCUCCACACCAAAGGCCAGAGUUGGGACAGCCAGGCACUCACUGUAGUUCAGAUUGAGUCUGUAUACCUUGUGAUGAUGGGACAAAAAGGAACAGAAGGAGGGCCUCUCAACCUUAAGGCUUUUGAGGUGGCAGGUUACAUCAGAGAGGCCAUUCAUCAACACAUGGCCCAUUUAUAA